AUGCAAUUUGACAUCUCUCCUCAUCAGCUUCCCGAUAACAAAAUUCGAAAUUUAACCUGUCCUGGAUUAUAUAGAUGUCAACAGUCAACCACUUGUUUGUUAUUUGAUGAGGUUUGUGAUAACAUUAGACAAUGUCCUCAUGGGGAUGAUGAAAUUGGAUGUGAUGUCACAUGUCCUUCAGGAUGUUCGUGUGAAGGUUUUGUAUUUAUAUGUCAUCAAAAAGAAGUAGAAACUGUUUUCAUGGAUCUGUCUGUUGAAGCAAGAAAACUAGAUUUGAGCAGCUCAGUAUUUCCAAAUAAUAAUUUAAUCGUUCCUGCAUAUACGUACCUUGCUGAACUUAAUCUAUUCAACUGCAGCAUUGCAAAUAUUAUGCCAUACUCAUUUGAGCAAUUAAUGAACCUUCUUCAUUUAGAUUUGAGCAGUAACAAAAUAAAGGUUUUAGAUAGUUACACAUUCUAUGGUCUCACCAAACUAGUAACCUUAAACUUAAAAAACAAUCUGAUGCUGGGAUUAAUCAAGCCAUAUACGUUCAUGUCAUUACCCAAUGUCAAAGGGCUGGAACUGUCUGGAACUAGAAUAAAAAAACUUUUCGAUGGGACAUUUAAUGGUUUAGAAAACCUUGAAACGCUUAUCAUAACAGGGAAUGGACUAACUAAUGUAGAGAAGAAAGGAUUUGAUGGACUUGUAUCUCUUAUGAUAAUUGAUUUGACAGGAAACGAUGUGACAGAAUUUUCUCUAGAUAUAUUUUCUCGCCUUUCUCAUUUAACAGAAAUAAAAACUGAUUCCUAUAUAUUUUGUUGUUUAAAACCAGAAUCUGUUUUCGCAGAUAAAUGUUAUCCCAAAAUGGACGAAUUUUCCUCGUGUAGCGAUUUGAUGAGAAAUGAUGUAUUGCGUGUGUGCCUAUGGAUUAUUGCAGUUAAUGCUUUAAUUGGAAAUAUUGGAGUAAUACUUUAUCGUAUAAUCUACGAAAAAGCGUUGCUUUUCAAGGCAAAUGGACUAUUCAUUAUGAAUCUUGGUGUUUCAGACAUGUUAAUGGGUGUGUACCUCGGCAUUAUUGCUGUUGCUGAUAUGUUCUACUCUGGAAACUACAUUUUACAUGACAGAAAAUGGCGAGAUAGUCUUGUUUGUAAAUUUGCAGGUAUCAUUGCGGCCAUCUCAUGUGAAGCAUCUGUUAAUUUUAUUAUGUUAACAACUCUUGAUUGCUAUUUAAUGGUGAAGUCCCCAUUCGGCAGAAGGAGAAUGACAUACAAAACAGCAAAAAUUUCGACAUUUGUAUGCUGGGUAUUUGUAAUCAUUAUAGCUGUGGUCCCGAUUUUUAACACGUCGUAUUUUUCAAAUACGUUUUAUUCAAGAACAGCAGUUUGUUUGGCUUUACCAUUUUCUCGACAGAAAGUCAGCGGAUGGGAAUAUUCAACAGCUGUUUUCGUGUUUUACAAUAGUAUUGCGUUUACUGUAAUAGCUUGGUGCCAAUUUUCAAUUUACAAUGUAGCUAAAAGUAGUAAUAGAAUAAUGGCGAAGAGGACAAAACAAGACCUAACACUGGCUCGACGAUUAUUUUUAAUUGUUUUAACAGACUUUCUUUGUUGGUUUCCUGUUGGAAUAAUGGGCAUGCUAGCAAUGACUGGUCAAGUAUUUCCCCCAGAAACUUAUUCUUGGGUAGCUGUAUUUGUGAUGCCGUUAAAUGCAGCACUAAAUCCUUUUCUUUACACGUUUUCAACAAUCAAACAGGAAGUAGGCCUGACAGAUUCCAAAUUUUCUAACACAUUACAAAAGAAAACGUUACAAAUCACCACUGUCAAGCUAUUGACUAACUAUUAA